AUGGCGCUGCGGUCGCUGACGAGACGGAUGAAGGAGGCUGGCCGUCUGCGCCAGUGGGAAGCAUCGCUGAGCCUCUUCGUACAGGCACUGGAGCACAACGCAGACGCCACUGCUUUCAACACGGUCAUGAGCUCCUGCGUUGCUGCCAGGAAGUGGGCCGUUGCCCUGGACAUCUUUGGGCAGAUGCAGCUCUGGGAGGUCGAUGCCAACAAGCAAGU